CUUGCCCCUUGCUCCCCACCAGUCCUGAGGAUGGAGCCAGCAAAUGUCACUUCAGCCACCACGUCCCCAGAGACUCUGAGGGGGGCAGAACCUUGUGUUCCAAAAACAUUCUGCUGUGUCCUGCAUGCAUGUGUGACAUCAGCCCUUAGCGAUGCCAGCUGAUGGUAUCACAACACAGUGUGGAUUCUGGGGCCUCAGCAAAGGACCUGCACAAGGGUGAUGGAUGGAUUUUUCAUGCCAGCUAUUUUGAUUGAGGCCAUGCCCUAUGCUCCUGGAAGAGGCAACCUAGAGUCAACCCCCUCCUGGGAUCAGUGCAGCCUGCCUGGUGAGCACCCAGGAUGCAUCCAGGCAGGGGAACAAGGAGGGGUCUGGCUGGGUGUACCCGCCUGCAUGGGCAGGGGAGGAGUAACAGGAGCCCCUACAGUAGAAGGAACCUUGAAAGCUGGGGAUGCUGCCUCCAACUGUGCCAGCUCAUGGCCCCCAGCGCUGCCCCUAUGCCAGCACAGCUCUUUGUGGGACAGUUCCAGCUGGCUGCUGGACUGCAGCUCCACAGCCUCAAUGGGCAGCAAGCUCCCUGCCCGCACUAUCUAUAGACCUUGGUGCUCACCGUACAGCUACUUCAUCUGCACCAAAGCAGCCCCUCAGCAGCACCUCUCCUCCAGUCCACUCAGUAGCACCUGGGAGCCUGAGGAUCCCAAAAACUUCUCUGAGGCCCUCGCCUCAUUCUCCUGCUCUUCAGAGGAGCUCCAGACCCUGGAGAGUGCCAGCAAUAGGGUCACUAUCACCACUGGAGACAUCCUUGCAGCUUCCCAGGACCAGCAUGUGCCAAAGCACGGCUACAAGUGCAUGUCAUGCUGCCGCAUCUUCCCCACGCUGUGCUCAGUCAAGAACCACGUCCAGCACAGCUCCCAGGAGGGCUACAGCUGCAAGGUGUAUUACUACAAGCUCAAGACCCUGUUGGAGAAGGAGCACAAUGUACAAGAGACCAAAACCCCUUUGGUGCCCGAGUAGCUCCAGCAGCUGGGCCACUGCCGCAGGAGGGCACUGCUCCAUUGCUCCACUACUGCACAAUAAACACCAUGCAGAGCA